CCCCCCGGCAGCGGGGGAGACACCCCCAGGCCCCGGGCCGGGCGGCGGGGCCAUGGCGGCGGCGACGAUCGUGCACGACCCGUCGGAGGCGGUGGAGCUGUGCCCGCCGCAGGGGCUCUACCUGAAGCCCAUCACCAAGAUGACCAUCAGCGUGGCCCUGCCCCAGCUGAAGCAGCCGGGCAAGUCCAUCUCCAACUGGGAGGUGAUGGAGCGGCUGAAGGCCAUGGUCCAGGCCCACCAGUUCUCCACGCUGCGCAUCUCCAAGAGCACCAUGGACUUCAUCCGUUUCGAGGGCGAGGUGGAGAACAAGAGCCUGAUCCAGCCCUUCCUGGCCCGGCUGGACGGGAAGACGAUCAAGCUGAGCGGCUUCUCGGACACGCUGAAGGUGCGGGCGGCCGAGUUCAAGACGGACUUCCCCACGCGCCACGACUGGGACUCCUUCUUCCGCGACGCGGAGGACAUGAACGAGACCCUGCCCGGCGAGCGUCCGGACACCGUCCACCUGGGCGGGCUGCCCUGCAAGUGGUUCGCCCGCAAGGAGUCGGGCUCGGAGAAGCCCAGCGAGGCCGUGGUGGUGCGGGUCUUCGAGGCCUUCGGCGAGAUCCGCACCGUGGACAUCCCCAUGCUGGACCCCUACCGGGAGGAGAUGACGGGCCGCAACUUCCACACCUUCAGCUUCGGCGGCCACCUGAACUUCGAGGCCUACGUGCAGUACCGCGAGUACGCGGGCUUCGUCAAGGCCAUGAACGCCCUGCGCGGCAUGAAGCUCAUGUACAAGGGCGACGACGGCAAGGCCGUGGCCUGUAACAUCAAGGUGUCUUUUGACUCCACGAAACAUCUGAGCGAUGCGUCGAUUAAAAAACGGCAGCUGGAGAGGCGGAAGCUUCAGGAGCUGGAGCAGCAACGAGAGGAGCAGAAACGGAAGGAGAAGGAAGCGGAAGAAAGGCAGAAGGAGGAGGAGAGGAAGCAAAAGGAACUGGAGGAAUUGGAAAAAGAGCGGAAGCGGGAAGCCAAGCUCCGGAAGCGAGAGCAGAAGCAAAAAGCCCGGGAAACCCGCCGCAACCAGAAGAAGCUGGAGAAGAUCCAGGCGGAGGAGCAGAAGAAACUCCAGGAGAAGAUCAAGCUCGAAGAAAGGAAGCUCCUCUUGGCUCAGAGGAAUCUGCAGUCCAUAAGGCUAAUUGCCGAGCUGCUGAGCAGAGCAAAGGCGGCCAAGGUGGCGGAGCGGGAGCAGACGGAGGAGCGCGUGCGGGCUGAGCGGGAGCGGCAGGUGCAGGAGGCGGAGCUGCGGCGCGUGGAGGAGGAGAAGGAGCGCGCCCUGGGCCUCCACAGGAAGGAGCAGGAGCUCCGCCAGCGCCUCAUCCACAUCCUGCUCAGCAAGAGGGCCCGGCCCCCGCGGCCCCCGCCGGCGGACCAGCGGCCCGAGCCCGGGGACCAGGAGGAGGAGGAAGCCGCGGGCCGGCAGCGAGGCGCCCACCCCACCGCCCCCUCCAUCCAGGCCCUCGUGGGCCACCUGGCUCAGCUGUACCGCCGGGAGAUGAUGGCGGCGGCCGCCGCGACGGCGGCCGCCCCCUCCCCGUCCCCCUCGCCCGCCGGGGCCGGCCCGCCGGGCCCCGAGCCCCCCAGGCCCUGCCCCGGCGUCCUGGCCUGCAUCCCCGCCAACGCCCAGCCGCCCAAGGGGGCCGGCGCCGAGCCCGGCGGGCCCCUCAAGGAGCCGCCGCCCGCCCUGGGGGCCGCCCCGGCCCCCGCCCCUCCGGCCGAGCCGGGCAAGUGUAACCGGGAGCCGGGCCGGGCCGAGGGCCGGGAGGACAGCCGCAAGCGCCCCCGGAGCCGCGACGGGAGGCCCGGCGACCGCCGCCGCGGUGGCGGGGAUGGGGCCGAGGACCACGACGACGACGAGAGGCGGAGGAAGGAGCGGAGGCCGCGCGGGCGAGGCCCCAGCCCCCGGAGGAGGAGCGGCAGCCGCGGCGGCCGGCGGGAGCGGACCACCCCGCGCCGGGACCGCGCCAGAAAGACCGCCCGGCGCCGCCAGUCCCGCUCCCUCAGCAGGCACAGGAGCGCCUGGACGAGGACGCAAGUCUCCGGGCCGGCGACGGAUUUGGCGGAACCAGGGGCCUCCCGGACGCAAGCCGCAGCCCCCGACGUGUCAAAGGGCGCCUCGCCUUUUUUCCUUUUUUUCCCCGGUGGGGUCUUUUCUUCUUCGCGGGGGGCGGCGGUUUUAUUUUUUAAAACCCGAACCGGACAGAUACCAGCCCGCCACGCCGUCCAAGGGGCCCCGGUGGGAAAACCGGAGACGGGGCGGCCCCCCUCCGCCGUCACGGACGGCCCGUGGCCGCGAUCGGACGGCACUCAGGUGGACGCCGCGGGCGAGCGACGGGUGGGUCGCGCUUUUCACGCGGCCUCACCCUGUUUCAGCCGCCCUCCCGCCCGGUUCACGGUGCACCUCAAAGAGAUACUCAUCUUGGAUAAUCCAGAUCUAGACGGGAUGAAGGUCAGAUGCUGGAGGGAUUCUGGUUUUAACUCGGAAAUCCCGGAUCUUCUUAAAGGAGCCCCAGCCUCCCCUAAGCCGUAG